UCGGAAUUAGAGGAGCGUGCGGGUCGGCUGUGUGCGCCGCUGGUAUGCCUGCAUGGGGAUUCCCUUGUUUCUGGCUACUGAAAUGAUUAGAUAUUUUAAAAAAGACUGAAAGUAAGAAGAGCCCGGGGGGAAAACCUUGAUUGUAGAAUUACAACGUAGAGCAGCGGGAAACCCUCGACAAGAACCAUAACCUCAGUGGUAGUAGCUGCUCCGACUGUCCGCGCUCGGAGGUGCUGAACCGGCGUCGGCGGACGGAGCGAGCCGUUGUCAGUCUGCGGAUUGACUUCACAGGUCUGUUCAGAAGAGCAAGGCUCUUGUGGCAUGACGACGACUAACAAAGGAAACAAAGCCUUGAAGGUGAAGCGAGAGCCGGGGGAGAAUGGCACCAGCCUGACGGACGAUGAGCUGGUGACCAUGUCAGUGCGGGAGCUGAACCAGCACCUCCGAGGGCUCACCAAAGAGGAGAUCCUACAACUGAAACAGCGGCGUCGCACCCUGAAGAACCGGGGCUACGCCGCCAGCUGCCGGGUGAAGCGAGUCACCCAGAAGGAGGAGCUGGAGAAGCAGAAGGCCCAGCUGCAGCAGGAGGUGGACAAACUGGCCAACGAGAAUGCUUCCAUGCGCGUUGAGCUGGACGCUCUGAGGUCUAAGUACGAGGCGUUACAGACCUUUGCCAGGACUGUGGCCCGGAGCCCCACUGUCGGGGUCGGGGUCCGGGCCGGAGGGGGAGGAGGAGGUGGAGGGAUGGCGUCAUCUGUCAUUGGUCCACUCAUACCAGGGAAGGUGGCAACAGCGACAAGCGUGAUUACAAUAGUGAAGUCAAAAACAGAUGCACGGUCUUGA